UUGUUUCGGUUUGUUGAGAUGAGAGAGAGUUGGUGGAGCAUUGAAUGGAAGAAAUGGUGAUGGCAACAUUGGACCUAAUAACUGCAUCUCCUCAUUCAUCUUCAUCUUCAUCUUCUUCAUCUUCACCCACCACUGAUAAUAACAACCACCCUUCUUCUUCUUCUUCUUCUUCUUCAUCAUCACUUUGUCUCUCAAGCAUCUCAACAAGAAGAACCGAUUUGAGCACCGACCUCAGACUUGGCCUUAGUCUCUCUCCUUCUCAUUAUUCAACACCAUCAAGGGAGCAAAGAAGUAGUUUUGAUUGGCCACCAGUGAAGUCAACAUUGAGGUGCACCCUUGUAGAGAAAAGUCAAAUAUCUCAAUUUGUUAAAGUAUACAUGGAAGGCAUCCCCAUCGGUAGGAAGCUCAAUCUGCUGGCACACCAUAAUUAUCAUGCUCUUGUUAAGGCUCUUGCCAACAUGUUCAGAACUACCAUACUCUGCCCUGACUCUCAUCAAUUACCACUCAUCUCUGGGAAUAAUGUUCAUGUUCUUACUUAUGAGGAUCAAGAAGGGGAUUGGAUGAUGGUUGGAGAUGUUCCAUGGGAGAUGUUCUUGACAAGUGUGAAGAAGUUGAAGAUCACAAGAGCUGACAGAUGUUAAGUCAAUACAUAAAUAACUUGUUAAUUUGCAUAUAUACAAUGUUCUUCCAUGCAAGCAUUCCCUCAUCAAUUUUCACUGUGGUUAGGAUUUUUUUCCCCUAGUAAUUAUUAAUUAGUUAAUUAAUUUAGCGGGUGGGUGAAAAAAAAAGUAGAGAUAUAUAGAAAUAUUCCACAAGGGAACAACGGCUUUCCAUUAUUAAUUAUCAUCAUAUACACCCAAAAACAAAAAAAAAAGAUUAUAUAGAUGUAUAGCUACUUACCUAAUUGCU